AGGGAGGGAGGGAGCCUAGGAAGACGCUCCGAUAACCCGUGCGUUUCGUAAGGCUCGGAGCACUUGUACGUUUCUGCAGGCGCGUAGCGAGCCAUUCGCGGCGGCUGCUGCAGCUCUGACUGCAUCUUCCUUCUCCUCCUUCCUCCAGCUCCGCGCGUGUGUAUGUGAGUGUGUGCGAGUGUGUUUUGCAGGUGUGUCCGUUUUAAUUCUGCCCAGGAGGUGGGACUUGGUGACUUUAGCACCAUCUUUUUUUUUCUUUUCUUCUUAUUAUUAUUUCUGCUUUCCCAUCGUCUGUUGUUGCAACCCUGCAAAGUCUCGGAGUCGGAGAGUGCGCCUCGUUUCCAGAGCUCCUGGACCCCGCAAGCCGGCGAGCGCCGAGCCGGCCACCAUGCCCGGCAGACCGCGCCACUAGGCGCUCCCCGCGGCUCCUACCCGGCGGCGGUGGCCGCGAUGGUUUCCGACGCUGAAGGAUUUUGCAUCUGAUCGUUCGGCUUUUCAAAGGCAGAGGCCCCCCUCCCCCUUCCCCCCUCCCUCGCUGUCUUUGUUUCCUUCCCCCCCUGCUCUCCCCACUCCCCCCACCCCACCCCCUCUCCUCUCCUCCUCCUCCUCUUUUUUAGAAGCAGCGAUCGGAGAUGGAUGUCUCUCUUUGCCCAGCCAAGUGUAGUUUCUGGCGGAUUUUCUUGCUGGGAAGCGUCUGGCUGGACUAUGUGGGCUCCGUGCUGGCUUGCCCUGCAAAUUGUGUCUGCAGCAAGACUGAGAUCAAUUGCCGGCGGCCGGACGAUGGGAACCUCUUCCCUCUCCUGGAAGGGCAGGAUUCAGGGAACAGCAAUGGGAACGCCAGUAUCAACAUCACGGACAUCUCAAGGAAUAUCACUUCCAUACACAUAGAGAACUGGCGAGGCCUGCACACACUCAAUGCUGUGGAUAUGGAGCUCUACACGGGACUCCAGAAGCUGACCAUCAAGAAUUCUGGACUCCGAAACAUUCAACCCAGAGCCUUCGCCAAGAACCCCCACUUGCGUUAUAUAAACUUGUCAAGUAACCGGCUCACCACACUCUCCUGGCAGCUCUUCCAGACGCUGAGUCUUCGGGAAUUGAGACUGGAGCAGAACUUCUUCAACUGCAGCUGUGACAUCCGCUGGAUGCAGCUGUGGCAGGAACAGGGGGAGGCGCGGCUGGACAGCCAGAGCCUUUACUGCAUCAGUGCUGAUGGCUCCCAGCUCCCCCUCUUCCGCAUGAACAUCAGUCAGUGUGAUCUCCCUGAGAUCAGUGUGAGCCACGUCAACCUGACGGUCCGAGAAGGAGACAAUGCCGUAAUCACUUGCAAUGGCUCUGGCUCUCCUUUGCCUGAUGUGGACUGGAUAGUUACUGGGCUGCAGUCCAUCAAUACCCACCAGACAAAUCUGAACUGGACCAAUGUACAUGCCAUCAACUUGACCCUGGUGAAUGUGACGAGUGAGGACAAUGGCUUCACCCUAACGUGCAUUGCAGAGAACGUGGUGGGCAUGAGCAAUGCCAGCGUUGCUCUCACUGUCUACUACCCUCCACGUGUGGUGAGCCUGGUGGAGCCUGAGGUACGCCUGGAACAUUGCAUUGAGUUUGUGGUGCGUGGCAACCCGACACCCACGCUGCACUGGCUGUACAAUGGACAGCCACUGAGGGAGUCCAAGAUCAUUCACAUGGACUACUACCAGGAGGGGGAGGUCUCGGAGGGCUGCCUGCUCUUCAACAAGCCCACCCACUACAACAACGGCAACUACACCCUCAUUGCUAAGAAUGCCCUGGGCACAGCCAACCAGACUAUCAAUGGCCACUUCCUGAAGGAGCCCUUUCCAGAGAGCACAGAUUUCUCUGACUUUGAGGCUGAUGCAAGCCCUACACCUCCUAUCACUGUGACCCACAAACCGGAGGAAGACACUUUUGGGGUGUCCAUAGCAGUCGGACUUGCUGCCUUUGCCUGUGUCCUUCUUGUGGUUCUCUUUAUCAUGAUCAACAAGUAUGGUCGCCGGUCCAAAUUUGGAAUGAAGGGUCCUGUGGCUGUUAUCAGUGGAGAGGAGGACUCAGCCAGCCCACUUCACCACAUCAACCAUGGCAUCACUACACCAUCAUCGCUGGAUGCUGGGCCGGACACAGUGGUCAUUGGCAUGACCCGGAUUCCAGUCAUUGAGAACCCCCAGUACUUUCGUCAGGGACACAAUUGCCACAAGCCAGACACAUAUGUUCAGCACAUCAAGAGGAGAGACAUCGUGCUGAAGAGAGAAUUGGGUGAGGGAGCCUUUGGAAAGGUUUUCCUGGCUGAGUGCUACAAUCUAAGUCCCACCAAAGACAAGAUGCUUGUGGCAGUGAAGGCCCUGAAGGAUCCCACCUUGGCUGCCAGGAAGGAUUUCCAGAGAGAGGCUGAGCUGCUCACUAACCUGCAACACGAGCAUAUUGUCAAGUUCUAUGGGGUGUGUGGUGACGGUGACCCACUCAUCAUGGUCUUUGAAUACAUGAAGCACGGAGACCUUAACAAGUUCCUCAGGGCCCAUGGACCAGAUGCGAUGAUCCUCGUGGAUGGACAGCCACGUCAGGCCAAGGGGGAGUUAGGACUCUCUCAGAUGCUUCACAUCGCCAGUCAGAUAGCCUCCGGCAUGGUGUACCUGGCCUCCCAGCACUUUGUGCACCGGGACCUGGCCACCAGGAACUGCCUGGUUGGAGCCAAUCUACUAGUGAAGAUUGGAGAUUUCGGCAUGUCCAGGGACGUCUACAGUACUGAUUACUACAGGCUCUUUAAUCCAUCUGGAAAUGAUUUUUGUAUAUGGUGUGAGGUGGGAGGACACACCAUGCUCCCCAUCCGCUGGAUGCCCCCUGAAAGCAUCAUGUACCGGAAGUUCACCACAGAGAGUGAUGUGUGGAGCUUUGGGGUUAUUCUUUGGGAGAUCUUUACCUAUGGGAAACAACCAUGGUUCCAGCUCUCCAACACAGAGGUCAUUGAAUGCAUCACCCAAGGCCGUGUCUUGGAGAGACCCCGGGUCUGCCCAAAAGAAGUUUAUGAUGUCAUGCUGGGGUGCUGGCAGAGGGAGCCACAACAGCGGCUGAAUAUUAAGGAGAUCUACAAAAUCCUCCAUGCUUUGGGGAAGGCCACCCCAAUCUACCUGGACAUUCUUGGCUAGUGGUGACUGGUGGCCAAGCAUUUAUAUUCUGUUGCCUCCUCUCUCCCUGCCUCAUCUCCUCUUUUUCCUCAUCUCAACUCCUUUCUUCCAUCUUUGACGGAAAUGAACAUCUUCAUAUAAACUCAAGUGCCUGCUACACAUACAACACAAUUUAAACAAAACAAAACAAAACAAGAAAGAAACCCUGUAAGGCAGUUUGACAUAUAUAUUUAUAUAUAUAUAUAUAUAAAACUAUCUAUCUAUCUAUAUCUACAAUUACCUUCUCUAAUACACAGAGAAGCUGCUGAUACAGAAAACUGUAAGACAUUAAUAACUGAGAAAAAAUUUAAAUAUUAUUAUUAACACAAAUGAAAUUCCCUUGACUUAAGCUGUGGCCCAUGCUUUUUUCAGGUCUGGCUUUUCAGAGAUCUUAGUCUUGAUUCAGCAGAGAGAGAGAGGCUGGGAGGAGGCAGAGUGGCACACAUCUUCAGUGUGCAAGCUUGACCCAUUGAUGGUGUCUGGCAAGGAAACAAUUCUAAAGUCCAGGCCCUUUGGAAUCAUCUCUGGUCUGCUUUUACCUUUGUCUCCAUUCUCUUCCCCUUCCCUCCUCUUUGGGACAUUUUUUUUUUUUUUCUAAUUUGUCCACUCUAUAAAGUAUAUAGUCCUGAGGCUUUUGGAAAUCAAUGAUGACACCUACGGGUAAAACUGAACAAAUACCAACACCAGACCACACAAAGCCAUGCAUGGUCGGAUAACCACGGAACAAGAAAGGGCAGGGGACGCUGGAAAGAGCUAUCCCCAUGCUUCCGGAUGUAAAUCACACUCAAGGUCCUUCCUAGGUUUGAAGAGUUUCAUCCUCUGAACUUGAAGAACUGGACUUGGUAGAUUAAAGAACCAAGGAAGAACAGCUGAAGUCCGAAUCUUACCAAGGCACUACCACUCAUCUUCCCAUCACUGGGAGGACUCUUGGCCUGUCCUUUCAUUUUCAGGCCCCUGGGGAGCUUGGAGGUCUAGUAUCCACAUUCUCUGCUGUCAUCUGCUAAUGACACAGUAGGCUUCAGGGCUCUGGUUGCAGGAGGCUUAGUUCCUAGGUCAUAAUUAGGCAUCCCCCUUGGGUCGUAUUUCUUAUCUUGCUUCCCCCAUAUCCUGAGGUUCUAUCAAGUCCUGGGUAAACCGCACUGCCAGAGAAAGAAUCCAGGUGAGAACCGGAGGCACGUGCAUUUCAAGGAGCCAGGCCCUGGCACUGGCAAAGGCCAGCAGAGAAGAAUCUACUUGGCACCUGUGCUGAGCCCUUGACAUUCUCCUCACGUUUUCAGCCCUUGGAAGGAUUGAUGCAUCUGCCUUUGAGCUGUUGUGAAAAGGCAGAGACUGAGAAAUCGCUCUGUGGGCUGGGCGUCGGGGGGAGGGGCUGCAGCUUCUCUGGAAGAUGGCCAAUGAGUGGCCUGUUCCGCAGACUUGGCAUCUUAAUGAGGACCAAGCUCUGACCGCGAGUGAGAAUGAAGCAUCUGGGUUGGGGCCAUUCCCCUGGGUCCCAGCACCAGGGGAAUCACUGCCUUCCCCACUGUGCACCGGAGGACUGCAAAAGCGAAGCUCUCUGGACAGCUCUCCUACACACCGAUGAACCGCCCCAGGGAGCCAAGAGCACGUCUGCACAGACUGGUCUUGCUGGGAAAGAGGGGAUAAGCUCUCCCUAGGGUCCCUGUCUCUCCACCUCAUCCCAAGCACAGAGCUACCUAACAGACUGACAUUUUCUUAUCAGAAGCUCCCAGGAGCCGCUGACUAUCCCUUCUUCUUGCCAGCUGCAGGAAGUCUACAGCCUGGAUAUCCUGGCCGGGUGAUGGCAGCUGAAGUAUGGGCAACUCUGUGGCGGGUUUAGAACUGGAUUAUGUGCUUGUGGUUUUGCUUUAUUUUUUUAAAGACCAACACAUGUUUUUAUUCAAAUAGAAAAGAGCUGUGCUCAGAUUGUAGCCAUGUUGGGAUUCAGGGAUCAGCAGGCUGCUCAGCUGGACUGGGGAGGGCGCUGGGUUAACUGGGGUUUCAGCGUGGAACUUCUUACUGUACUAGAUACCUGGCCCCUGAAGACAUUAGGGGAAAGCUCUUUGGAUUAAUCCCUUCAAAAAAAACCCUUUUGCUAUCCUGUGGUAAUUACUACUCUUAUUACUCCUUGAAUUGGUCCACCACCUGAGGCUUUUGGUCUGUGUUAGAAAUGUGAAUGCUGGGUGGAAGUUUCCUUUCAGGUUUUAAUCCUGAAAAUCUGGAUACCUACGGGUAGGCAUUCAGGCAGGGAAUGACUAGAGGGGCCUGUGGGAAUGCGUUUUCUAGUUAGAAGGGAUGUUUCAAGAUCUCUCCUUUCCCAAAACAAUCUCUUAAGGCUUUUUUGUUUUUGAAAGAAGUGGAGAACUGAAGGUAUUUAUAGCCCUAAUGGGACAGUUAGGAGAAAAGACAAGACUUUUGCUCAUGUGCACCUUGUUAGCUCCAUGAAUGUCCACAUUGGCAUCAGAGUCACCUCUCUGUGCCCUCCAUUAUUAGCUGCCUGUAUAAUAGUAGGAGAAAGAGGGCAGUGUAGAUAGGAAGGCUGCAGAAUGGACCCAACCUUCUUACUGUCCUGGCAUCCUCUCUGUGUAGAGUGGGUUUUACAUGUGAACCUUGGAAGGUAGAGAAAGAGUCUGAGCUGCUCUGGAGGGUAAGGAAAUGGAGAACAGGCUUUGGAUAGUGAAAUGUAUUCUAGGCUGUGCAGGGUGUCUCAUACCUUGCCAUUCUCUUCACUGUGUCAUGUUUUCCUUAUGUGCAAAAUAGGGGUACCUUUGCUGUGCCCUCAUCCUAUUCUAGCUUCUAUCAGCACUGAGUCGCCCUAUCACUUUUUUUCUGAGAAUCAUUCUGAAAUGUCUAGAAAAGCCUUCUUUGGCCUCAUGUGGGCUGAAAGAGGUUGUCUCUGAGGACAUACUGUACUUGGGCUGGGAUUGGUACCAGUAAGUCAGAUCCUCUUCUUCACCUUUGUCACAACAUGUGAAGAGUCUAAAGUGACUACUUUAGGUCAGGGUGGGAGAGCAUUUUGUCUCAUUCCCUAACCCAGCUUUCUCCUAACCUGGAAAAUUGUUAUUGGUGGUUUAUUUAUUUACUUAUUUAUUUAUUUAUUUAUUUUUAAAAGAAUCUAAUGUGGUCCAGUGAGUCUAGAAUUAACAUCCCAUCAGCCCAUGGAGCUACUGCCAAGUGUUCCAUCCUGCUUUCUACAUAAACAGAUCUAUACCUUCAAAGAGCAUGCCACAUUAACUUAGUACUUAGCUUGAAGUCAACACCACUAUGAAUGCUGGUGAAUGUUCCAGGGACUCCAUGCUUAACUUUGUGCCCUGUUACUGUCACCUGAGUUCAUCCUGAACUGACAGAGAGUGACUUAGAUGUCCAUUGUAGAACAGAGUGUCAUGGACAAAGGUCCUCUUAGAUAUUUGCUUUGAACAUGAACUUGACGGUCCUUUAUGAUUAUAUCUCUAAACUGUGAGUGGUUUUCAAGGUAACUAAGCCUUCUCUAGUCAACACACAAAGGAGUUUGGGCUUCCUCCACUCAGCAGAUCAUGCACAAGUUAUUCCCAGAGAAAACUUUUCACUGGGGAUGAAGAUCCUCCAUUUUUCUGGGACUUAACUGAACAGUGCUAUUCAUCUCUGGUGACACACUAGUGUAGUACUUCUGGUGCUAAAUACUACAGAAACCAAUACCCACAGAAGAGCUUCAAAACAGGACUGUACUGGAAGAACACUGCAUACAUCAGAAAGGUCACUGAGAAUUCUGCCUUAGUGCUUGGAUACUCAUGGGAUUUGGACUAAACCAGCAUCUCUUAGAUUAUCAGUCUUCCCACCCAAGAUAUACGACAGAAGAGUUGCAUCUAUAGGGUCAAUUUCCAUUUGAAAGGCUAACUUUGAGUCCCAUCUACUCCUUUAUUCUAAGCUUGUUUGUUAGAAAUGAGAGAUGAAAUGAAAAAUAGGGAGGGAAAGGAAGAAAAAUUACUGUUGACAAAACCUAAGCAUGAUUAAUGCCUAGUGUGUUUGAGGGACACUGGAUCUAGGCACACAAGUCAGGAAAUUGAUAGUUGUAUUCUUCAAGAGAACCCACCCUUCUCUUCUAGCCUUCUUCCCCACUUCACAUGUCUACAUUGGCAGAAACUGGUCUGCCAUCCACCUCCCAUGCAGUCAGGAGUAAUCUGAACUCUGGGUCAGAAACCAAGAGAUUUUGUAUAUGUACUUGCUUUUCUUGAGCUCUUUUACAUUCAAGAAUAGACUUGUGGCAUAUUUGCUUCCUUUUCCCGAACCAAACAACAGUAUAAUCUUUACACUCACCUAAGACUUUUAAUCUUUGCAAUACUUUGCUUAGGGAGCAUAAAAUAUUUGUGGAUGAUCAGUCAGUGAACCCACAUUUUAGCAGUCCUAUGAGUUACCAUCAAACAUCUCUGCAGUGUCUAGUGUCUGCAUUGGUUGGGCAGCAGCUUAUUAAAAUGCACAAGGUGUUUACCUUAGAGAAAAAGAAGUCAGCUUGAGUUCAGAUCCUGUGAACUGUAGUCCUUCACUAUGGUUUUAUUUUUUUUCAAGAUUCACCUUACUUUGUACCAAAUAAGUUGUUUCAACCAAUACUUAAUAGGGCUGGAAGGAUUAACCCCAAGUUUGGGUAUCAUCACUAAAACCUCAGUUUGAACUUCAGAACCCAUUUGGGGAUUGCUUGAAUCACAAGGAAACAUUCCUUUUCAGCUCUAGCCAUAUCAUGAACUCUUUCUAUCCACUGGAUAUUCAUAGUUGGAGAGAAGUUCCUCUGGAGUCAGCAAACCAGUUGCAGUUUGGGAUUCUCUUGGCACCUUAUGUUUCUCCUAGAUGAGAAUUGUAGAGGUGGACUGGCAUCAGAGAUAUUGAGAAAGAUCCCAGACUGUUAUUUUAUAAAGUUUGAUGAUGUGCUUUUCCCUGCAUUAAAUUAUAUUGACAAUAGCGACUGAGCUUCUCAACAUCAUCAUUCCUGGUAUUUGGUAACACAUUCUACUUAACAUUUUGUUUGGGAUUUGGUAUUAAAGGUACCAGCACUGCAGAUGAAACCUUUCCUAGGAGGGCCAUAGCAGAAAGAAUCCUAGAGGAUAUGAAUUGAUCGCUCUCUUUGAUAGGUACUGGUGAUAAUGGUGGAGGUGGUGGCUUUUUUGUGAACAUACUGGGUACUAGGCAUCUUACUCUGCACCUAGGCUGUCCUACCCAGGGCCCUCCAUGGCUUCUGACAAGGUUUCCGUUUGGUACAUUCUCUCUAAGCACUGUGUGUGUGUGUGUGUGUGUGUGUGUGUGUGUGUGUGUGUGUGUGUUUGUGUCUGUGUACAAGUUUCUCAUGUACCCACAGAGGUACCUUUCUGCGGAGAUGUAGGCUUUGCCUGAGAAACUUGGAAUACCUUUUGUUUUCUUUCUUGUUAGCAAUAUUAAAUAGUAUAACAUCAUGGGUUUUAUUAUGAUCUUUUAAAAUAUGUGAGUACUUGAAAUUUCUCUCCAACCCCAUAAAAUUCGCAUUCACUUCCUGUGAGCAGCUAGGUUCCAACUUCAAAACAAAGCCCGAUUUGAUAUUUGCCAUAAGAAUGAUGUCUUAAACCAGUAAAACCAGUAAGCAACAUUUUCGUUUUAAGAGGCAAGAGUAAAUUCUAUUAGCCUUGUCCUCUAUCCAUCCAGGAAUAUAUUGAAGCAUCAAGGCCUAAGCUUAGAGCUCUCAAGAGAUUUAUAGCUCAUAAAGUAGAUGUUUCUAAUAGAAGGUGGAUUGAGAUAACACAGAAGACAAGGCUCCUGCUGAGCUCCUCCUUCUGAGAAGCUUCCAGGCAUUUAGGUUUUACUUUCAUUUAGGAUCUCUGAGAUGAUUCAGUCUCUGCUCAUUUAAGGCUGUCAGGAAUUUAGACUUCUUUUCUGCAGGGAUGAAGGUAGUAUGAGAGCACAGUUACGCUCUGUGUAAUCUAGCAUCCUUUGGAUGCAGCGCUUCUCAAAGGAUUGAAAAACCACAUGCUCAAAUCCAGGUCUGGUAUUUAUGAUUUCAUUUAAGAAGCGUUCAUGGGAAUGGCACUUUAAGAAGAAAGUAUGUUUAUAUUCUCUGAAGUAGUAUGGCCUGCUCAGUUCCUCCCAGUGGGGAUUAGUCCCUCACCCAUCUCUAUUUCAAAGCUGCCUGACACUUACCUGCUGCCCUUGAAUCUACUUCUGGAGAGGAAGAGUCAGCCUGGUCCAAAUAUCAUGACUUCUGCUACCUGAAGGAGAGGAGUGCAUUUCAGUAAAGAUUUUUUUCUCUCUGAUUUUUCAUUUCCCCCUUUCCCUUGGUUCACAUUCUCUGGCUUCCAUGGGACAGAAGAUCUGGCUUCUUAAAGUCUGUGGAAGUCUUAAUACAAGGUGAAUCUCAGGACCACAAACAGUUUGGACUUCAAACAGUGAGAAAAUUGGCGCUGAAUGAUUCGGCACACAAAGCAGAAAACUUUCAUUUCCUGCAGGCAGGGGGAAUUGACUGUUAUAUUAAGACUUCUAAAGGAUCCCUGCCCUGGAGUAAUUUCAGUGCUGUCAGACAAUGUUGACAUCUAGAUUAACCUCUGUGCACUAAAUUUGACUGCACAGCUCAUUGAGAUGCAUGUGGCAUGUCCCUGUAAAUCCCAUCUGAAACCCUUGGUGGCCCACCCACAGCAACUCCCUCUCUUGUCUCCACCUACUGAUCUCACGGUCCAUGAACUUUUAGCCUAUUGGAGGAAAGGCACUGUGGCUGGGGUCUGACACUCAGAAUGAGAGCUUUCACCUUUCUGUGAGCAUGAUAGUAUAUUGAGCUAAGAUUGCUGCUUGGUCAGAGUGACAAUGUUUGUCACUGUAUUGCCACCCCUCCCCCGAGGGGGAGACUGCAAAUCAAAGCAUGAAAGCACCACUCCACUGAUGACAAAGAGUUUUACAGUAUAUCUCAAAGUGAAAUGGUCACCAGAGGAGCUAAGACUCAGCAUAGGUCUAUCUGUAUGCCUCCAGCCUUCCAGGGUUUCAAGAGUAUAGCAGAUGCAGCAAGGUCAUGACUGCAGAUAAGGUGGGUGGGGUCUGAUGGCUAGAAGGGCUUCUCUAUACAAGUGUUUUUUCUAGUCCUUUAAAGAAAGGUGACCCUGACUUCUACUUCUCUGGCUGGGAUAAAGAAUACAGCAACCCUUUAAUACUUUGACCCUUUAAUACAGUUCCUCAUGUUGUGGCGACCCCCAACCAUAAAAUUAUUUCAUUACUACUUCAUAACUCAUUUUGCUACAGUUAUCAAUCAUGCUAGAAAUAUGCAGAAUGGUCUUAGGUGACCCCUGUAAAAAGGUCAUUCGAUCCCCAAGCGGGUUGCAGCCCACAGGUUGAGAAUCACUGCUCUAAGCACUAGUUUAUUGACUUUCUUUGUAGGAAGAGAUGCCAUACUGAGAUCUCAUAGGCAGAUGAAACCUCUUAGACAAGAUGGCAAGCAUCAAAAAAAAAAAAAAGUACAUAUGAGCAUCCCAUGCAUCAAAAGGGACCUCCAGCUUGGCUCCAGCUACCUCCAGACUCUUAAAAGCUACUCAACAUAAUCCCAGACAUUUAAAACAAACAAACAACAACAAAAAAAAACAUGCCGCAGGAUUUUAGAAUGAUCUGCCCAAGUCUGAAGAACAAAUUUCUCUGCAUAGUUCUUGAAACUGAUUCUCUUUCAAAUUAUUUUUCCAUCUUUGUUGUUUGGUGUAAGUAGUAGGAAUCUCUUUGUAUAUUCUUAGGUAUUUCUUUGGGUGAAUUGAAAGUUUUUAGCCAAGGACAUUGUGUUUAUUGACUGAGAAAAUAGAUUUCUGGGCUGAGUAAUACAGCAGUUACACAGGGGCAAUCUUGAUGACUUUAUUUAAAAGCAAUUAUCAGAGUUGUAUUCUUUCUAGAUCCUCAUGCUGAUAUAGAGCAAAUCAUAUCCAUCCUUUUGUUAUCACUAUAUUUACUCACUUUUGCAUAUAAGCAAGCACAUGCAUGCAAAUUCCUGGGUAGUUCUAUUGCCUAUAGACCACAGUGCCCCAUUUGUGUUGCUUUCAUUGAUCUAAGUGUGUCUGUGCAAAUGAGUGCCCCACACAAGUGGUUUACUCACUGUUCCUCCUUAUUUGUAUUAGCAGCACAAAACCUAAGACUUUCUGCACUGUAAUUUAUUUUCAAAGUUGAGGCUCCUUUGAUGGAGGGAACAAAAAUCCAUGUUUCUCACAAUUUUUAUAUUUAAAGGUAGGCCUCCUCCCUAUCUUCUUUUUUCAAGGUACAAAACUAGACUGAGCCCUGAUUCUCUUUUUCUGUAA